UAAACGCAAAUUGAUAUCUGUCAAUCAAAUUGUACAGCAGAUUUUCGGAAGAGGCGUUCAUUAUAUUACGUUUUUUGCAAAAAGCACAGUGGUUUAAUAAUUAAAAAUGCUUGCUUUAAUCAAUCGUAUCCUUGAUUGGAUUAAAAGCUUGUUCUGGAAGGAGGAAAUGGAGCUAACACUGGUCGGAUUGCAGUACUCGGGGAAAACAACUUUUGUUAACGUCAUUGCCUCCGGCCAGUUCAGUGAAGACAUGAUCCCGACAGUGGGAUUCAACAUGCGCAAAAUCACCAAAGGAAACGUCACUAUCAAGGUUUGGGACAUCGGUGGCCAGCCUAGGUUCCGCUCAAUGUGGGAGAGGUACUGCCGAGGCGUUAAUGCUAUUGUUUACAUGGUGGACGCAGCAGACCCCGACAAGAUCGAGGCGUCGCGCAACGAGCUGCACAGCCUGCUGGAGAAGCAGCAGCUGACGGGCAUCCCCGUGCUGGUGCUCGGCAACAAGCGCGACCUGCCGCACGCGCUCGACGAGCACGGACUCAUCGAGCGGAUGAACCUGUCAGCCAUUCAGGACCGUGAGAUAUGCUGCUACUCAAUCUCGUGCAAAGAGAAGGACAACAUCGACAUCACGCUACAGUGGCUCAUCGCGCACAGUAAGUCGGGCAGCGCACGUUAAUGCCAUUCUCGACUCGCAGUGCAACACAUCUCAUACUAUUAAGGCGCAGUUUCGCUUGAACUUACUUCUGCCUCGAGUUACGCCGCGUUUCCUAAAAUCUGGGCCGUUUGAAAAAUCUUGAUGACGUUAAAGAUACUGGAAUAAUAAUAAAAAAUAUUUUUUAUUUCAACUUGCACAAAGAAUUAGCUAGUGAGGAGGUGCCUUGCCUCAUAAAAAGUCUUAAAUUUCGUUUUGUUGGUUAAAGUCAGUGUAUAUUUGGUAACGAGACUGAUGUCGACCCUGGUUGAAAUUGCUAGUAUACUAGACUUAUAAUCAACAUGGCUCAAGAAAUUGUAUGAUUAAGAAUGAAAUAUCGAUUGGUUUUUCCUACCUUUAGUUUUUCUAUAAAAAUGUUACGAACUGCGCCUUAGUAAUUGUGUUUGAAGCGAUGAUCUUGUUGCAUUAUUUGUAAGUUGCGACUGUAACGGAGUUAAAAUACUUUUACACAAUGUAUUAUUUUGGACGUGUAAUCAGCGAGGCAUUCUAUUAUUUUUGUGUCUUACUUCGCAUGUUAUGCCUUGCUUCGAGGCUAUGCCUCGUUUUGAGUCUUGCCCGAAAUAUUCGUAUGUAAUACAUUGUGAAAAGUGCUUUCAAUCCAUUUGUGUCGCGAUAAAUAAAUUUAGCUUGAGUAAUGCACUCUCUAAAACAAAAUGAUGUGGUAAAUUAUCUUGUCACAAAACAACCAUUGGCUUCAAUUAGUUUUCAUUGUUUGAAAAUGGUGCCAAGCUGUAAUUUCGUUUGUUAUAUAUUCAAUUAUUUACGUGAAAUAUUUAUUGAAACGCAAUAAGCCUUUUAUAUAAAUAUGUGAAAAGAUAAUGUUGUCACAUUAGAAAUGUACACGAACGUCUAAGGUAUAGUUCCUUUUAGAGAAAGAUUUUUAUUUAUUUCAUGAAACUGAUUAAAUAAAAAUAAGAAACGUUGAUUUGAGACAAAUAUUCACAUGCUGCGUAUAACUAGAUACUUCACUAGACUAAAAUAAAAGUUAGACCAGGACAUAUCAAUCGUCUCAACUUCACUGAUGUAAAACUCAUAAACUUGUUUCAUCUAAAAGUUACUAUAUGUUUAGAUGCAGUACUAUCAUGUUAGAGUAUUUAGAUUCCUUAAUAAUAUUAGCGUUAUAUAUUAUAAAUAUACUUAUCUCAUAUUGUUAGCUAAAAAAAUAAGUUUAAAAGUAUAUAAUGUGCGAAUAAUUUUGUUGAUAUGUUACGUUAGGCGCAAACUGUAUAUAACAUAAACAAUGUACGUAAUAUAUGUAUUACAUUUGUGAUAUAUACUAUUUUGAGGUAUGGACACAAUAUUUUACGAGAUUUUUCAAUCCCAGGACCAAGCAAUUGUACGGAAAUAAGACUCCUAUUUAGGGUAAUGUGCUUGACUAACCUUGUGCUUGAAGUAAUGGCGGCAUAGAAGCGUAAUGGAACCGUAGACAAGUAGAUAAUAAAUGGCUUCCAGUAAAUCAUUUAAGGACUAAACUUUAAAUAAAAAAAGUAAAAUAGUGUCUUCAUGACUCAAAUCAAGGACCCUUAUUUAUUAUUUAUCAUUCAAUAAAAUUAUUCUCACAAUAUUAAUGUUUUGUCGAAUAUAGAAGAGUCACUAGAUGUGUAAUUAAUUGAAAUUAAAUACCCGCUUCGACUGCACAUUAUGUUUAUAUAAACAUUUAUAUAUAGUUAUAUCUUGUAAUAUACAAAGAUUUGACAAUUGUGAAGUUUUCAUCGUACGGCGCUGGCUUGUGCGGGGAAUGUACCAAAAUAUUAACAAUUAUUAUAAUUUAUUGUAGAAAAGUUUUUAAUUUAUAAUCAUGGAAAUGACAAACCUAGAAAUUGAUAGACUAUGCUACACUGGCGCCGUGGGUGAAUUAUUGUAUUCUGUAUUUGAAACAGAAAGUAGCCGUUACUAAAGAUUGUCGGGGUCUGGUGUAAAAGUUUUUAGUAUUAAUUUAAAAGAAAAACGCAUUAUAUUUGGAAGAUUAUCUCAAAUAGUUUCACCAAACAUUUGUUAUUUUUUUUAUCAGUCUUUAUUUAUAGAAAUUGAUCAUUAAAUUAUUCAAUUGUUAUGAGAAAUAAUCAACGAAUAAUGAUUACCUUCGUAUGUAUAGGUUAACCAGAUUGAAUCGCCUUUAACUAGAUGUAAUCAUCUGGUAUUAGAUUCUGCCACAGAUUUAGACAAUAACUGGGCCAUGUUCCUUUGCAACACAUUGAAGGCUGCCAGAAAUUCAGGACUCAUGUGAAAUCAGAGAAUCUUAUUGGCCGGUACAGUAUUGAUAAAGCUCAAAGAUUUGUUGAAGUUGUAGUAAAUACGAUCUUUUUACUGACAGUGACAAACGGUACUCGGUUAAAAGUUCAUGUGUUCAUACUUAGCAAUACAAAACGUACCUACAUUUUAAUAUUUAAAAACAAUAUGGAUAGGCAAAGGCAUAGAUUGUAGCAGUAACUCUUUGUAAUUAAAAUAUUUCUUUAUUUAAUUUUUAACAGGAUUAGUUUAUAAUUAAUAAGUUAAUAUUGUAUUUCUUCAGCUCUUCACGUCUACAGAUUUGAAGUAUGUUUUGUACAGUCAGCCUCGAUAAAUAUGAGCGGUCUGUUUUGUAUUGUUACCAUUUAUUUGUGGUUGACUGUACUUCUAAGUAGCAACUAUUCUGUAUAGUACACGAACAAAUUGAUAAUAACUUUAUCUGUGCAAUCAAAUAAUCUACUGAAGUACUAAAUAUGAGUUUGAACUAACGAAUAGCAAGAAAACAUGUAGCAUUCCAUACAAAGAAAAUUAUUUGAGGUAUUUGUUCAACUAUAAUUAUAUUAUUUUUUAUAUAAUGGUGCGUUUAUAUUGUAUGGCUGUAACUUAUCUUUUUCUAUAUUAUAAUAUACCACACGCAAAAGAUGUAAUAAAAGUGUAAGUGUCUUAUUUUUUCAUAGCCUUUACCGUAGAAUUGUUUAUAUCACAGAUUUGGUUCACAGGAUUUCGGCUUACCUUAAAAACAAUAUUAUUUUGCAGGAUAGUCAACCGAUUUUGACUCCUAUAUCUUAGGCAUAAGGAUGAUAUUUAACGCUAAACUAUAUGUGAGUACCUACAAUAAUAACUAGUUUACUCUUAACUUGCUAUGUCUCUAAGAGUGAAAAUCGGUUGUUAACUAUAAAAACAAUUAGAAAAAAUGUCCUGUUUUAUAUUAUUAGAACGAUCAGAUUCUCAUAACUAAUGUUUCAUAUCAUAUCUCUGAACCUUUCUUUCCUUACCACUGAAGUUUUGGUAGAAAUACUUUCAACUCGCCUAACAUCAGAAUGUCGGAUUCCCCUUACAUAUGUAGAUUGUUUAGAAAUGUUAAAUUGUAGAUUUGAUCCGAACAAAUAGUUUAACAUAAUUUAAGGCCUUUUACAAAAUAUACAAAUAAGUCUGG